AUGCCGAACAACCAAGUAACAGUAAAGGACGUUGAUGUAGUCCAAGGGAGAAUAUUUUGGUUACCAGCAGAGGAGGACUUGCCGAGGCAGGCGGUGAAGAGAGCACAUGGCGCAGGCAUUUUUGAAGGCAUCUAUGGGCAUCCAGUUGUUAUAGUUUCGAGGCCUACAGAGGACAACCACAUAGCUCAUUUUCAAAUUAUCACCUCACGGCAACGAAGAACGCUUGGCGACCUAUAUAACAAGUCAAACGAGUUCCAUAUGAGCCUGCACACCUCUUAUCUACCAAUAGCUUCAUCGCCAGAUCAUUCACACACAGGUUUAAGAAAGACGAAAAAACGAUCUUCAACUCUGCAAUUAGCCAACAGCGCUCGACUGCAAUUGGAUUCGCACGUAAACAUCCGGAACGUUUACAAAAUCGACUGGUCGCUCUUGAAAGAGUACACAAAUCCAGAUACCCCGGACAUCAAACAGUUUUAUUUCGAUGGUGAGUCGACAACGCGGUUGUUGGCCAAAUGCGCCAUCCUCACCACAUACGAACCCGGUGCGCAGCAUCAAACACUUUCCUUGCAAGCUCUGGAGAGCACAUAUGUGAGGUCUGAUGUUGCAGAUAUGAUGCCUGCACUGCAAAGAUCGAUCUCGGAGCCCACUUGGGUAUCAGCAGAUGAUGUUCGAAUAGUCAAUGGUCGGAGGUUCUCAGAAUCAGAUGUUUGGUCUGCAACAUCGUUUAGAUAUUCAGAGGCUUGUAAUUCUCCGUCAGACCUUCAAUCGCGAGUCGAUAGGUAUGAACGUCGAAGCAAUUCUAUUUCAGAAGCCCUAAAAGAUACAGUGGGCGAAACGGAGACACAUAGUCCAACGAUAUGGACCAUGAAACACCCAUUGGAUUGCUUGUGGAGACACGUCACUGAUGGUUUCAAAAGCACUACCAUAAUACGAAGCCAUCUCAAGAGACGCGAGAAGAGCCAAUUAUGGGUGAAUGCGAAGGGUGUAGUGGCAGUAAUCAUAGCUUCAAUAUAG